AUGAGUGACGAGGCUGAGGCAGCCGAAACUCGAAGUCCGCUAGUAUGUAAUGUGGUGCGCUUCGUACUGUCUCAGUGUGAGUCCCAGGUGCGUUCGACAGUGCUCACGAAGACCAGGUUUACGAAUGCGGCACGCGACAUAGCGGCCGCUGAAAACAUCACUACCACCAAAUAUGCGAAGAUAUUCGAUGAGGCAAACGCCGUUCUCGAAGAAGUAUACGGGUUCAGGCUCGUGGGUAUUCCCAACAAGAAAAGCGCCUCGAACAAGGCCUCCAGGACUGGCGAUGCCGAGGCUGCGGAUGGCGAUCCCGGCUCCACACCUAUCACAGAUUUGGGAUUCAAGGGCGACCGCUUCAUACUCUGUAGUACUAUCAAGGCCCCGCCCGCAUACAUGCAGAUGGUGCUGGACCAGAGCCGGCAGCUCUACGUUAAGAGACUAGGCAGUGGACAGUACGAACCCGGCACGGAAACUGACCACACUCUCACUAGCCAGUUCGACACAGAUCAGAUCCUCGCUCUUCAGGGGAUCAUGGCUGUGGUCAUUUGCAUCAUACUGUUCUCCAAGAAUAAUGCCUUGGAGCAGGAGCUGCUGACACACCUUGCAAAGUUCGGCAUCCCCACCGAUGGAUACGCCGUUCCGAUCAUUAACAUGCGCAUACAGGACGUCCUCUCGUAUAUGGUCCGGCUGGAAUACAUUCAAAGGACGGCGCCGGCUGCCUCCGAAACAGGCGCGCUGGACUCGAUCUUUUACAGUGUGGACCGCCGUACGCAAGUUGAAUUUCCGCAGGAGUCGCUCGUGGAAAUGUGCCAACGUUUGUUGGGGCUCGAACAGACUGCCGUCCAAUCGCUUCGGGAGUCUAUCGCCCUUUCCAUCGGAGAUGCCUACAGUAUCUGA